AAACUAAACAAUAUCACAUCUAGCGUGACUUGUUACAAUGGCUGCCUUGAAACGUGUUUACAAUCAACGUUACUUAAUACUUGUUUGGAGCGUGCUGGAAAUCCUGCUAUUUUCAGCUAUAGUCUACGGCUGGGCAGCUCUGGUAGUAGUCUUAAAACAAGAGGGCUUUUUUCAUGAUUUGUGUGAAACUAAACACAAAGCGAAUUCGACUUCUGUUAGCGGUGAUUGCAUCAAACAAGAUGAACGACUAAAUUUGGUAUUUUUGACCGGCGUUAUUUCGUUUUCUGGCUGUGGUAUCGUUUCUGGAGCAUUUCUGGACCGCUUUGGACCGAGAAAAACACGGCUACUUUCAAGGUAAGAUAAAUUUCAGACAAUUUAAAUUCCUUCCUAUAGUAAAUCCAGAUCUUUGUUAUAAUAUUAAAAAGCCUUCUUCAGUAUUAAAACUCACCUGGAAGAUAUGAUAGUAAAUUAUAAAUUGAACUUCGAAAGAAAAAACUCCAAUACGGCAAUACCCUCGUUAAUACAAGACCAUUUUAAAACAUGCACAUUUAUAUAUGAAUGAAUCACUACAAUUGUAUAAUAUCUUAAUAUGUUAAAUAUCAAUCUUAUUCGCUAUCUGAUUCACAAUGGCUAGCCUUGUAUUAAUACAAUUCUUACUACAGCUUGCCUUGCAAAGCAAAUCGAAUGCUCAUGCUUUUAUUUAUAACUAUAUUAUUUGUCAAUUCUCAAAGUAACGUUGAAGAUCUUUCAACGUAUUAAACUCCUUCGAGUGAUAAUAUAGCGAUGUCUUUUAUAAAUCAACACCUUUGGCCAAAUAUAUCUUUGUUAUCGACACAAAAGCGAUCAACACAAUGUAUUUUGUAUUUAUACGAGCAAACGGCGUUUAAAUUUAUAAACAACAUUAACGUAUCAUUAACUUUAGAAUUAGCAUUUAUAUUACUGGUAAACGAACAUUUGGUACGUUGACGUUACGUUGACGUUGUCCUUGAAUUAGUAUGACCGGAAUCGAACACGCGUUGGCGAAAUAUUUAUAUUAGACAGGUUAUUAAGAUUGACGUUUACGGUAGAAUUUGAAGGUGUUCUACAAGUUUCCGGCAAGGUUUUGACCUCGGUUUUGACAGAUUUUUAGUCAAUUCAUUCUUCAAUUUUAAUGCACAAAUUGCCCUAACUUCUACGCGAGGGGAAAGGCAGGCUCUGUGUCUCAGGGUACUCUACUUGAAAAGAAAGUGCUCGGAAACGAUAAAUUUUCACGUUGUUUAAUAUUGGUCUUUAUUCAAGUUCUGUGUUUAAAUUGACUUAUACUAUGGGUUAAUGGGUAUACGGAAUGCCCACGGGCUCGGGACACUGAGCUAUAAUCUAUAAUAUUACAAUACUAAUAUAUAUUAUAUAUAGCUCAGAGGCUUGGAUGCAUGCCGAUUGAAACCACUGAACUAUAUAACAUGGAAGGCUGAGGCUGACUCGAGCUCAAAAAGUAAAGCCAAACGUGGCGGAAAUUGAAGGCAUUCUUGCGCGUCAUUCUCAGUCCCCUUACGUGCGCGGUCAACAAAACUUUUAUAUUUUUUUAUUUUCCGAGUAAAAAUUUGGUAAAAAACACGGAAGAAAUUUGAAUGAAAAGUUGAAUUCUGGUGUUUUGUUUGGGUUCGGUUCUAAAUUUUAAUUAUUAUUUAUUUAAAAGAUGUGAUAUUUGAGUAGAAAGAAAGCAAAAUAGCGCGGGAUUGUUUUUGUAAAUGACAAAGAGUGACAAAAAAAAAACAACACAAAUGUCACUCAAUCUUUCAAAAUAUCUGUAUUGCCCCUAUCGACAAGGGUUUCACACACAUAAAUAACUCAUUAAAAUGAACAGUUUAAGUUUAAAGGCAAUCAUCACAGUGAUUUUAUUAAAUAAAAAAUAAAAACAAAAUUUUCUUACAUCUAUGGAAUUAAAUUGGCUAAAAACUGUCUCGAAAACUGCAGUUAAAAAGCAGUUUUAGGUCAGGAAAACGGACUAAAAUAAGCUAAAUAAUGGUGUGAAAACUGAAAAGCACCAUAGAAACAAGAAAACAAAACAACCAAAGCAAAAAUAAAUUCCCAAUUUAUAAAAAGACAGAUUUUAUAUAAAAAACAAAAAAAGUUUGAAACUAGUUGUUGAAUUCGCAACGAAAAAUACAGAUUUACUCACACAUACAGUUGGCGUAGCUCAGUUGGCGUAGCUUAGUACCGCUAGUAUUCCAAAGGUUGGGCUAGUAUUCCAAAGGUCGUAGGUUCGAUUCCCACCGUGGCCAGGCAUAUUUUUCAAGCAUACCCGGUGUGGAUAUACACUCAGAGUAACAUCACAAACAUCUUAUUCACCUGAGUACGUUGCACCAACAUAGCAAAUAUGAGUAAUCGUAAAAUAUAUAGUUUAAUCUUUGACUUCGUGAAUCUUAAAUGGAUUUAAGACAAUUGAUUUGGAAGAAGGACACUGGCGAAAUCGUGAACACGUGUCUUUUUGUCGUUUGCAGUUUCUUUUUCGUCUUGACGUUCUUGUUCUUGGUUCUAGCAGAUAAAGGUAACAACUAUCAUUGACAUUGCCAUAAUUACGUUCCAGCAAUGGCUAACUGGUAAUAAAUAAGAACCUUGAGUUUGUAACACAUAUUUAUUUGGAGCUCUUUCGUAUCAUUACUAGAAUUACGUACUUCCUUUUUCUUCGGUAAAGUUGUAGUCGUUAGAUCUUGACAGAUUUUAGUGAAAUUAUGUCUAACAAUUUGGUUGAAGAAGACUGAGGUCAUGCUCCAUACAACCAGCACUGAAACAGGACCCUUUUCGCCACGAUAAACAAUACCCCUCUAUUGUUAUGUUAUAAUUUUGAUCAUAUAAUAUAUAUCCGGUAUACGCAUGAAUGCUCAUGCUCGUGUAUUUACCAAACCCCAGUACAGUCAUGAGCAUGCUUUCGACAUUAUCGUUGUCAAACAUAACUUUUUACAAGCGUGCUGAGAUCUUUAUAGGUAGCAAACUGGAUGAUGACGUAAUAGUGGACCUCUUUUUUUUAUUUCUAUUAUUUCUCAUAGAUAGACCAUAUUUGAUUUUUCCUGGUAUCGCAGCAUUGUCGACGGCAGGCCUUACCCUUGUACUAACCCUCUUCCAGGUAAUGUUAAUGAACCUAUCCCCUAAUGAACAAAAUUUUGAUCUAGACAAAAAUUUCAUCACAGCUUGAAAGAGCAUUACAAAAUUAGUAAUAUUCCGAAGUUUCGUUGCGAAAUGUUGUAAAAUGCGGAUAAUAUAGCCCUGCAAAGUUUGCCGUUUUUCAGUCAUUUUGUAUUUAGACUAUUUAUACGCACGGGAAAUUGAUACCUUUUUCAUAUACAAAAUGACUGAAAAACGGCAAACUUCGCAGGGCUAUAUAUUAUCCGCAAACUUCGGAAUAUUACUAAUUUUGUGAUACUCUUUCAAGCUGCGAUGAAAUUUUUGUGUAGACUUGUCUAGAUCAAAAUUUUGUUCAUUAGGCAAUAGGUUUAUUCAUGGGCGUAAUACAAAUUAAUACAAAAUUUUAAAAUUUCUCAAGAUUUUCCGCAUUUUAGAACAUUUCGCAACCAAACUUUGCAACUAAUUUUAACAUGCUCUUUCUAGCUGUGCCCGUGGUGAUGGAUUUUGUUCUUGUUGCCUAGAUCAAAAUUUAGUCUAGCUGGAAUCAUCGCCAGAAAGACACUUUUCUAGGAUUUUAGUGUGUUUGACUUAUUCAUAGAAAUUAGAAAUUGUAAUCGUUUGUCUACAGGUUGCAAAUAUGUUCAACAAAUGGAAGUCUUCAGUAAUAAGUUUAUUUAACGGAGCCGUGGAUUCGUCAGCCAUUGUACUACUUUUCUUCAAGGUAAGGCUACAGCUGAUACAAACGUCUAAACUAUUCAGUAAUAUGAUACAAACCAUUAUAAAGUUAAAAAAUAUUUAAUCAUCUCCUUGGAUCGUACUUGACCUACACUACUAUGGCAUCACAAUUGAGGACAAGGUUCUGAGAACGCUGAGGACAAGGUUCCUCACGCUGAGGACAAGGUUCCUCACGCGGACAAUUAUUCCCCUUGCCAGGCAAUUUUCUUUUUCAGAUGGCUUUUGUUAGCACGUGUUGUUCCAAUGUCGAGGUUACAGCCGAGACCGGUCUGAAAUGUAUUUGUGUUUACAUUCAUCCCGGUCUGAAUUCAUGCCGGUCUGAAGUCAGUCGUAUUAAUUUUCAGAGAGCCAUUGUGCAAUUUUUGACCUCAUAGUGCAUGAGGAUAAUUUGCAUGUGAAAAAUUGUUAAAUAUCUCAAGCAACUCAAAGAGGGUUUAGCAAAAUAUUUUAUUUUGUUAUUUCCAAUUUGCUUUACACUACAAUCAUAAGAAAUGGUGAGAAAUUUUGUUGCACAACCACUAUAAUCGCUAUUUUAAUUAUUCAUUUUGUUUUCUGUCUUGAUUUAUAUUUCAGUUGGUAUAUGAUGGUGGUGUUCCAUUACGAUCAAUCAAUAUUUGUUACUACCUAUCCGCCAUUAUCCUAAUUCUUCUCUUUACCUUCAUUUUACCUCCUUGUACCAUCACUUCUGAGCGUCUUGAGGCUAUAAAUGUAUACGGCUCUGUGAACGCAAUAUCAUCGACAUCGCACGAGAGUCCCGCCAAACACGAAGUGAGUAAUGUAACUAUUUAUGAAGUGAUUUGAAUAGUUUUGGACUAAUAAGUUGUUUUUAUCUUUGCUUGGAGACAAAUAUUGUGGUUCAAUUUGAAUUAUUGGAUGACAAAUCUAUAUAAAUUAAAACCUAUUUUGCUCCGGGCUAUGUAAAGAAGGCCUAGAAAAAGAUAAUUCUUACUGGCAACAGAACCCAAAAAUAAAUAUUCUUUGUUUACAAUCACGUCGUGACUUUUCAUCCAAGUGACGGGCAAUCAAACAACUUGAGGAGGAUUUUUCCCCUAUCAGAGUGGUUGUAGCAAGGAAAACUGAACGGUAAUUCAUCUUUUGAGUCUUAAACAGUUUCUAAACUCGUGAUUCUUUUGUGUUGGUGUAAUGUACUCAGGUGAAUAUGAUGCUUGUGUAUAUCCACACCGGGGAAGCUUGAAAAAUAUGCCUGGCCACGGUGGGAAUUGAACCUACGACCUUUGGAAUACUAGCCCAAUGCUCUGCCAACUGAGCUACACGGUCAGGUCGGUUCGAGUAUGUGAUAUUUAAACUCGAUUAAUACAUUAAAAUAGCUGGUUUUUGUUCUCUGCUUGUCAACUGAAAUCCCAAAAUUACGUCAUUGCAAACAAAGCAUAUCCUGUGUAAACCAAAUGUAAGACUUCUGCAUACUAGCUAGUGUGCUGCACAACUACCAUCAAUCUUUAUACAUGACAAUUUGAUUUCAAAAGUACAUUUGGAAUUUUGAAUCAACAAGCAAAUUGUAGGGUAUUUCAAUAUAUAAGAUGACAAAAAAUUCCUCCUGGAUGUUAUAAGAACAUUUCCAAGUGAAAAAUAUCCUGGACAUUAUCCGGCACUGUUAAUUUUUUAAUCCGGAUUUGUGGAUCUUUUGCACUUUUUGCAUUGAUUUAACGCUUCAGUUGUUUUUAAAAUCUUCGGAAGGAUGAAGAGGAAAUUCUAGUCAAGUUUGAAGGAACGCAAAGCAAUGGAACCAUGGAAGUGAAUGGUGCUUCAGAAACAAAUGAAAAAGUGAAAACUCAGAAAGAUGGCGCGUUACGCCAAGAAACAGAUUUACAGUUAUCACCACUUUGUCAAUCUGAAUCUAUCAAAGAUAACGAUGACGAAGUUGACAACACUAAAGGUAGAAAAUAAAUCCAUGUAUGUAGUGUUUUUACGUUUUGCGAAUGGUUGAUGAUAACGAUGAAGGAUAAUUAACACUUAUAUUCACUGAAGUUUGAGGUGAAUAGUUGCACUGUUCAUGCAUUGUUCUACAGCAUACACAUGACUAAAAACAACAAAAAUAAGCCGCAGUCAAGAUGAAGUCCAUAGCAAAUUUAAAAAGAAGAUAUAUGCGAUAUCCAGGUGAUCUGACGGUGAGCAAAAGGACUGGGACUAGCAACAGAAUAGAAAUCCAGUUUCGUACCCUUAAUCACUUGUCACGCCCUGGUUCUUUUGUGAAACUCUUUGAAACUUUGUGUCUGUGUCUUGCACAGGGAAAUAAAUGUCUGGAACAAAUUUGAGAUAGAAAUCUAAUAUCGUUAAUGAGAUAUUGAGUAAUUUUAAACCAGAAAAACCAGAAAUGGAUUUCUAUUUUACAACUAGUGCCAGGCCUUUUCCGAGUUUUGAGAUCACCUGGAUAGUAGUUGAAAAUGCAAGAAUUAUGUAAAAUUAACGAGGAAUUUUAACAGUUAGGAAAUUUUUUUCGUCGACUCCCUUGUUGACCGUACACACUAGAAAGUAAAGCUGUCAAGUAAACUUGUCAAGCAAAACGUGCUCAUCGGUACGGGGCUUAAGAUUAGCUUGUUAUCUGAAAGUCUGAGGCCACUCUGCCUGCAUUACUUUACUUAAUUACUUUUCCAGAUUCAGCGCCCCGAUUAAUAUCUCAGAUGCUGUCAGCAGAAUAUAUACUGCUAUUGUUGUUCCUCAGCAUUUCCAACCUUCGUCUGUGGUUUUAUGUUGGUAGCCUAAACUCAUAUUUGGAAUUUAUGUCUGGC